UCCGCUCCGUUCCCGGAGCGUGAGGCGCGGGGGAGGUUUCAAAGCGCCCCCGGGGCCGCUCGCAGGAGUCUCUGCUCCCCACUAUGUCGGUCUCGCCCGCGGCCCCGCCGGGGUCGCUGCCCAUUAACCGGCUCGGAGAGCCGCUGCUCCGGCGGCUCAGUGGCGUGCUGGACCGCGCAGCUCCGGGCAGGGGCUGGAGAGACUUGGCGCAGCGAGCCGGGAGCCACGGCAGAGUCAAGCUGAGUUCUCUGGAGUUGGAACAAUGUUCUCUCAAAGUACUGGAGCCAGAAGGAAGCCCCAGUUGGAGUCUCCUGAGGCUACUGGGUGAAAGAGGUUGCACUGUGGUGGAACUGAUGGAAUUCUUACAGGCCCUGGAACACACAGAGGCUCUUCAGUAUCUCAGUCCUCCAGGUAUAAAGAUUGUUGUACAGCCAGACCCUAAGUCAGUAUUAUCUGGACAAACAGUCAAGCUAUGUUGUUGGGCAACCGGACAUCCAUUUCUGCAUUAUCAGUGGUUCAAAGAGGAAAAAGAGGUUCCACAUGGGAAUUCCCCAGAGUUGAUUUUUAACCCAGUGAGUGUAAGUGAUUCUGGGUUUUACAUCUGUCGAGUGAACAGCGAUUCUUCCUUUGUAUUCAGUCGGUGGGCACAACUGGACGUUUGUGAUCUCCAGGGCGUGUCUUAUGGAAGCUUGGUUGGUUUGCCUGAAAACAAGAUACAUGUCUGCAUUCAGCCCCAAUCACAAAACCUGAUGGUGGGGGACACAUUGGUUCUAGAGUGUGGUGCUGUUGGAAACCCAGUUCCUCAUUACCAGUGGUUCAGAAAUGGAUUUCCAUUGACAAAUGGGAAUAGAAAGGUAUAUAUGGUGUCUUAUGUGGACAUGGAACAUCAGGGGACCUAUUGGUGUCGUAUGUUUAAUGACCAAGACAAUCAAGAAAGCAAGAAGAUAGAAGUCAUGAUAGGAAGAAAAGCUAUGGCAGUGGAAUGCACUGAAGAAGAGUUUAGUAGUCUUGGAAAGCCUGACCUUCAAGAGCAAUCAGCUGACAGGCCUUCUGCAAUUGACAAGGUAGCUUUGUUAAUAGGAAACAUGAGCUACUGGAAUCACCCUCAGCUGAAAGCUCCAAUGGUGGAUGUCUAUGAAUUAACCAACUUGCUGAGACAGCUGGAUUUCAAAGUUGUUUCUCUUCUGGAUCUUACUGAAUCUGAGAUGCGGAAUGCAGUGGAUGAAUUUUUACUUCUUUUGGACAAAGGAGUGUAUGGUUUAUUAUAUUAUGCUGGCCAUGGCUAUGAAAACUAUGGAAACAGUUUCAUGGUUCCGAUUGAUGCCCCAAAUCCCUAUCGGUCUGCAAACUGUUUGUGCGUGCAGAAUAUACUCAAACUGAUGCAGGAAAAAGAGACUGGGCUCAAUGUGUUUUUACUGGAUAUGUGUAGAAAAAGAAAUGAGUAUGAUGAUACCAUUCUAAUCUUGGAUGCCCUGAAGGUUACCGCUAACAUCGUUUUUGGAUAUGCAACAUGCCAAGGAGCAGAAGCUUUUGAAAUUCAGCACUCUGGGUUAGCCAAUGGGAUUUUCAUGAAGUUCUUGAAGGAACGCAUGUUGGAGGACAAGAAGAUUACUGUGUUACUUGAUGAAGUUGCAGAAGAUAUGGGUAAGUGUCACCUUACCAAAGGCAAGCAGGCUUUGGAGAUUCGCAGCAGUUUAUCUGAGAAAAGAGCAUUAACUGAUCCCAUUCAGCAAACAGGAUCAUCUGCAGAGUCCCUGGCACGGAACUUACAGUGGGCCAAAGCUCACGAACUUCCAGAAAGUAUGUAUCUUGACUUUAAGUGCGGUGUUCAGAUUCAGCUGGGGUUCGCAGCCGAGUUUUCCAACGUCCUGAUCAUCUACACAAGGAUAGUAAAGAAACCUCCUGAAAUACUAGUUUGCAAAGCAUAUGUUACAGACUUCCCACUUGACUUGGAUAUAGAUCCUAAAGAGGCAAAUAAAGGGACUCCUGAGGAAACUGGCAGCUAUUUAGUAUCAAAGGAUCUUCCCAAACACUGUCUCUACACUAGACUAAGUUCACUGCAGAAACUAAAGGAGCACUUGAUCUUCACAGUUUGUCUGCAUUAUGAAUAUCCAGGAAUAGAUGAUUCCCUGGAUGAAAGGAAGGAGGUUAAUGUUGGGAAGCCUCUUAUUGCUAAAUUAGGCAUUCAUCAUGGAUUUGAGGAAAAUUGUUGCAUGUCUAACAGACCUUUCCAUACUCAAGCAUCCACUCCUGUGGCAGCUGAAUACUACCUCUCUCCUAAUCACUGUCAACCAAAUUCCUACCCAGGUGUUCACCAUCCAAACUCUGCUCAUUCAGACCAUUUCAGGCAGCCAGAAGCAUGCCAUUGCAAUGCGACUUUGAAUGUGCGAACUUCAAGACAAGAAGUAUGGACUUGCUCAUCCCACAUAAGAAAGAAUAAUAUACCAGUAGAGACAACUGAUGACACUGUUGACCUGGGAUUCAGCUUCUCCAACAGCCUCAGAUUAUCUAAAAAGCAGUAGCUAUCAUCUCUGCAGAAUGUACAGGAGCAUCAAUCCUGGGCUAAGGCACUCCAGUACUGAUUGUACAUUCUCUGUGGUGUGUUCAUGUUUUGAGAGAAGGCAGUACUGGGAAUUGUGGGUUGGAUAUGGAUUAGUAUAGUCUCUCCUUGGAAACUUCUCAGAUCCAAAGAGACAAGAAUGGAAUAUAAACUAAUUCUUCACUCCUGAAUUUUUUUCAGUAGUGAAGAUGGGUGUGGGGUAAUCAUGGGGAGCUGGUGGCAGGAGAGAUGGGGUGGAGAGAAGCUUGAGCUGGGUACAUGGGAGCCCCACAGGAACUAACCAGCAGGCACCCUGUUAUUGGCUGCAACUGUGCCAGCCAGCAAAAGAACAGAGCAUCAAGCAUGUAGCAUUGAGAUGAAGUUGCAUGUUUGUGGUGGGGAGGAGAUGCACAGCAGAGGCCUUGUUCUUGUAUCACAGGCUCUCUAGGAAUACUGAAUCCUUGAUCUCCAGCUGUUGCUGACAUGUUUCUAUAAUGACACAUCCGUCUUAAAAGGCAUGCAUAAUUGACCUGUUUCUAAUCUUGAUUUUUAGUUUACAAAGGGAUCAGUUUUCCUGUGCAAAAACAAAAUGGAAAAAAUAGAGGAGAAGAGAGGGAGAGGGAAAGCAGUAAAAAGCAUGUCCACAUUAAUGAAACUAAGCCAUAUGUAUACUUUAUAAAUGUAAUUAAAAUAGCAUAGUAAUCACUAAAUGAUAAAUAGAUUUUUAGACUUUCCUGUUCUAACCUGCACCAUCAGUUGAGUUUAACAUUCUAAUUUUCCUUUUAUUUAAAAAAUGGGAACUUCCAAUUCCUUUAAAAGUGAUAGAUUCUAGGACUGGAAGGGACCUCGAGAGGUCAUAGAGUCCAGUCCCCUGCCCUUAUGGCAGGACCAAAAUGUCUGUGUGCAAGCAGAGCAUGUCAUACCAUUCAUAGAUUCCAAGAGUAGUAGGUACCAUUGUGAUCUAGUCUGACCUUCUUUAUAAUACAGGACAUAGAAUGUUCCCAAAAUAAUUCCUCUUUGAACUGGAAUAUGUCUUAAAAAACUAAUCCAUUUUUUAUCUUAAAUUUGUCCGUGAUGGAGUAUCUACCUUAACCUUUGAUAAAUUGUUUCAGUGGUUAAUUGCCCUCACUGUUUAAAUUUUUGCACCUUAUUUCCAGUCUGAAUUUGUCUAGCUUUAACUUCCAAAUGUUAGAUCUUAUUAUGAUUACUAGGCUGAAGAGCCCAUUAUCAAAUAUCUGUUCCCCAGGUAGAUACUUAUAGACUGUGAUGAAGUCAUCCCUUAACCUUCUUUUUGUUCAACUAAACAGAUGGAGCUCCUUGAGUCUAUCACUGUAAGGCUUGUUUUGUAAUGCUUUAAUCAUUCUCAUGUUCUUUUGUGAGCCCUCUCCAAUUUAUCAACAUCCUUCUGUGGAACCUUGAUGUCCAGUGCUUGGAAGAAAUCAACAGAUGACUGAAGAGCAGUGGGCUCAAGCUCAAUGCAGGAAAGACAAAAGCAUUGGUGGCAGGAAGGGGGAAAAUGUUUUCAAGAAUGGGCAAAUAAAGUAAUCUUGCCAAUUAUUAAGGACACUAUACCACAAAUCACUGAGGUGGAAUGAAGCUACAGAAUCAUGCUGGAUGCCUCACUACAGAUUGUUAGAGUGGUGAGAAACUCCUUCUUGCACCUUUGGGAUCAAAUAUUUGGAAGCUCUUCCAAAGUGUUACAGCUUUGUUGCUAACUGACUUCUGAAGAGAUGACCGUUUCCUCUCCAGGACUACCACUAGGUUUACAUUUUUAAAAUAAGCGUUACCCCAUUUGUUGUUUUGGAGUAGAGAUAUGAGGCUAAAUUUAAGCCCUAAGUUUGUUUAGCAUUAAUAUAAGCGCACAUUAACAUAGAGGCCUAUAUUCAGUCUGGCAAGACCUGGUAAAAGCAGGAGUAAUUUGUGCCUGAUGUAUGAUGGCUGGGUGAGGAUUUGAGCUAAAAUAUGUGAAUGAUGCUCCUGCACACCAGGCUCUGCUCUGGAAUCAUACACACGCCUGCUGUGGUGUUGCAAAAAGUAGCCCUGCACGUUCCCCUCGAGGCCAAAACUAGUUCCUUUCUUAUUUUCCAAAUAAAAAUCUUACCCACUCCCCAGCUACCUAAUGCAAACUCAUCCAAGUGAUAUGAAGGAUAAGAAUCUCAUACAAGUCAGGCUGCAAAAGGUGUGAGAGACAUAUGCAGAGGCACUAUUGCACAAACAUUCCAUGUUAGGCACCAAUCUUGAUAUUUACAGUGCACUAGCACACCUGUGUGUAGCUUUUGUUGAUGUCAACAAGAUUCUGUCCUGCCUCAGUGAAUUGUAGGAUCAGGGCCAUAGGUUUCAUACUCAUUACUAGAACUAAAGCUGCAGGGAUUUACCCUUAAUUUGAUGUGUGGCUGGAAACUAGUUUCAAAGCAAUGAGAUAUUUUGUGAUACUUUAGAAAUCUAUCUUGGUGCUCUGAAAGUAUAUUAAAAAACCAUGAGAUCGCUAUUCAAGUGGAUUCUUAUCUGUGGUCAUAAAUCAGCCUCAUUCCUCUCUAGUAAUGUUGCUAACAGGUUGAGUAGCUGUGCAUUUCAUUUUUUCCUUUGUACAGUAUAUGCAAUUAUUAAAUAACUUCUGUGUUAGUAAAAUUUUUGCAGAACUUCACAAUAAAUGAAAAGGUAGGAAAAAAUAAAGGAUGAAUCAUUGCUUAAGAAUAAAUGCUUAUUGGUCUUGAUAAGCUACAUCAGGGGUAGGCAACCUACGGCACACGUGCCGAAGACGGCACACAAGCUGAUUUUCAGUGGCACUCACACUGCCCGGGUCCUGGCCACCGGUCCAGGGGGCUCUGCAUUUUAAUUUAAUUUUACAUGAAGCUUCUUAAACAUCUUGAAAACCUUAUUUACUUACAUACAACAAUAGUUUAGUUAUAUAUUAUAGACUUAUAGAAAGAGACCUUCUAAAAACUUGAAAAUGUAUUACUGGCACGCAAAACCUUAAAUUAGAGUGAAUAAAUGAAGACUCGGCACACCACUUCUGAAAGGUUGCUGAUCCCUGAGCUACAUUAAAGAUUCCAUUUAAAAUGCUGCACAGGUUUAGGUGGAACACAUCCAAGCUCUUCAGAUAGGUGGUCAUUGAACAAAGAUAUAGUUUAGAGGGGAGGAGUUAGUCUUGUAAUUCUAUGGUCCUAUUAUAAAACAAAUUCUGUUAUCUGAUAUUUUCACUGGAAUAUUGAGUAGACUCUACAUAUGGUAAUUCUACAUAGUGAUGGAAAUAAUGAAUGUCUCUAAUCCCACUUGGAAAUGGUUAAUAGCAUUAUUGUAUGUAGGUGUUUAAUGAAAAUCUAAAUUCAUCUGUGUUGAAAGAUGGCUAUUCCCUAGUGUCAGUUACCUCUGUUAAUGUAUUAUUUAUUUACUAAAUGACAAACAACUUAACAUAAAUGCAAAUAGACUGUAGUUUUUAGUCUUCUCUGGAAGAGUAUAAAAUAGUGAAACGUUUUCUGAUUUUUGAAAUAUACCUGUGCAUUUAUUAUUGUACAAACUGAUUUUUACAUGAAAAUUAUAGCUUGAGAUACAAUGUAGUACAAUAGGAUACUUAUCUAAAAGUUUGUCAUAGUUUUAUUGUUCAUAUUACAAUUUUUAAUUUUUUCUACUGUUGCAAUAAAAUGUAAUUCACAAAAAGUUU